GGUGAACACAAGCAUUGCCAAAUCGGAGGAAGUUGGUGGACAAGCGUGGGAGUUAUUUCGGCGAGACAUGCGUCAAAUGGCCGCGGAGAACAUAACAAAUGGGGUGUCCAAGAUGCGUGUGGCGAGUGGAGAACUGAAUGCAGAAGACUCCCAACGGGCGAGCGAUUACGAAUCUAUAGAUGUAAUUUGCGAAGACGAGGCAGAAGAUGCGGACGACAUAAAGAUUCGAACUUUGCCUGUGCGUGGCAAAGAAAGAGGUGGAGGCGUGCGUCAAGAGAAGGUUGUUUCCCGUGGUGGUCGCGGCUCGAAGGGUCCAUCCGGCGAGAAGGCUGGGAAACAUCCGUCAUGGAGUGUUGAGGAGAUGUUGAAGCUCGCCCGGGCGAAGAGGGAUCAACAAACUCAUCUCGAGGGCAUUCCGCUCAACUACGGACGAAUGCGCCAAAGGGAAUGGAAAUUGCAGGACCUUCAAAAGCAUUUGUUGGCGGUGGGGGUGGACAGGACGACUGACGACAUCAGCAAGAAGUGGGACAACCUCUUCCAGCAGUGCAAGAAAGUGCAAUGGUAUCAGAACAUCUCCGGGGGGAAGAACUUCUUCAACCUCACACCUGCAUUGAGAAUGGAAAAAGGCUUCAACUUCAGAAUGGAGGAACGUGUGUACGAUGAGAUAGACGCCAUGUCGAAGGGCAACAAGACCAUUUGCCCGGACAAUGUCGCUGACACAAGCGCCCGUGGAGGAGUGCAGAUGCCACGUUCCCCAUCCGUUGCUGGAGAAUCCGCCGCUAGGGGUGACGGGGAUGAUGGGAACGAUGACGAUGGAGGGUCGGCGCGGGAGUCCAACUUCAGUGCAGGUAGCACGGGAGGGGACUGCAAGAGAAAGAACAUGCGCCAGCAAACAUUUGAGGCCAUUGUUGAAAUCAUGGACAAGCACGACGCAUUGAUGACUGACACGAAGGGUCCAACAAGCGACAAUAUUCCAUUCUGGAGCAGCAGUGCGACAUUAUCGAGCGUGAGGUUGAUGCCCAACGGCAGCACUACGAGGCACCCAACGAGGCGAACAGGUUGAUGUGCACUACAUUAGUGGAGAUUGUCAAAGCCAUCA